AAUUCUUGUUACACUAUAUAUACAUACAAACAUAUAUAUAUAUAUAGAGAGAGAGAGGUCCAAAGAAGCCAAAGAACGUUAAAGGAGAGGAGCUAACUCACACAAAAUAUACAAACAGUUGCACAGAGAGAGAGAGAGAGAGAGAGAGAGAGAUGGAAUGGAAGAAGUGUUACUUGGAUGUAAUACUGGUGCCAAUGGGGUUUGUGAUGACGAUAGGUUACCAUGUUUGGUUAUGGCAUAUGGUUAGAACCCAACCUCAUGUGACCAUCAUUGGAACCAAUGCCAUGGGUCGCCGCUUAUGGGUCUCUUCCAUCAUGAAGGACAAUGAGAAGAAGAACAUCUUGGCCGUCCAAACCCUAAGAAACACCAUAAUGGGAUCAACCUUGAUGGCCACCACCUCCAUCCUCCUCUGCUCUGGCCUUGCUGCUGUCAUAAGCAGUACCUACAGUGUCAAGAAGCCGCUCAAUGACGCCGUCUACGGCGCUCACGGCGAGUUCAUGGUGGCUCUCAAAUAUGUCACUCUCCUCCUAAUCUUCCUCUUCUCAUUCAUGUGCCACUCUCUCUCCAUAAGGUUUACAAACCAAGUCAACUUCCUCAUCAACUGCCCACAACAACCGCCGGAGACACCGUGCGUGGCGGUGACUGCCGCCUACGUGUUGGAGCUGUUGGAGAGAGGGUUCAUGCUCAACACUAUUGGGAACAGGCUCUUCUAUGCAGCUUUGCCUCUCUUGCUUUGGAUUUUUGGGCCAGUGUUGGUUUUCUUGUGUUCACUCACUAUGGUCCCAGUGCUUUACAAUCUCGACUUCGUGUUUACAAAUGACAAAGGAAAGGGGGGUGAGAUUGAAAGCAAUGGAUACCACCAUGAAUCUGUGUAAAUUUUUUUGAAGGCAUUUUCAUAUUAAUUAUAUAUAUGGGUUGGUUGAUUAUA